AUGUUCGUUCGAUACACCGCGCUCGUGGCUGCUACAGCCUCAACGGCGCUGGCCGUCACUUCCAUCAGCGAUGACCAGAUGACCCAAUACUUGAACAACGGCGCCGUCGACCUUGCGGUUAUGUACGCCCCGAUGUGGUUCUUUGGCCAGGCACUGGACGAACCGCCAUGCUAUCCUGUCUGGGCUUUCAGUGGAAAUGUCUCAACACCAGACAUUUACGACACCGCACAUCAAACCCCUCCGGCACCGCAAUGCGAGUACCCAGAUGUCGGCUGUGGCUGCCGCCAACCUGAUGUGCCUAUCGGAAAUCCAGGCCCGGCAUUUCCUAUCUACUACACGUUCUCUCAGUGUAAUGCAACGGAUGUUAGGGUAGUCUACAACUUGUUCUAUCAGAAGGACGGUGCUGAGGUUGCCGAUAUCAUCGAUACCGGCCACGACUAUGACUGGGAGCGUGUGAUUAUCGUCCACACCAAGAAUACAGCUGACAACUCCUGGGCGCCGAGCCGUGCGUUACUGUCUGCGCAUAGCGGUUACCACAAUCUUCUUUGGGGGGACAUCCAGAACACAUUAACAACAGACCAAGUCAACGCGGGUGAUGCCAUCAAUCCAAAUGGCGUCCAGAAUAACGACCACCCCAAGGUGUAUGUAUCAUGGUCAAAACAUGCCAAUUUUGACACGCGCAACACCGGCUGGAAUGACCCUGCAAGUCAAUCACUGGACAACGCUUUCCGCAGCGAGGACUGGUGGCACUUUGUCGAUGCAAGCGACUAUAUCCGCUCUGAUAACUCCACGACGGCUGGCCAGGCAUUGGGAUCGGCUAACUGGGGGACUGGGGCAACCAGCAACCCGCCAUCCGUCCAGGCUGGUCUUUGCUCGCAACAGCUGCUCAUGAUGAAUGUGACGAGAAACGCGACCUCGGCUUAA